UCGCUUAAAUUAAUUUUUGUUUUUAUUUAUUUAUAUGCUUAAUCCGACUAAUGCGGUGUAUAGUUGCUUACCCAGGUACCGAGACUGAUUUGCCGGGCGGGGCUGAGGAGGAGGACUUUAGUUGCUAUUGGUACUCAAGAUUUGGACACAUUGCAAGGCCCCUUCUCGUAUGAGCAAUGCCGCCGACGGAGAUAAACUUUGUCCCUUUAAAGCAGGUUGCAAGGGCUGGAUAUUUGGAGGUGCUCACGUGGAUCUUAUGUUCCCAUGAGGAGAAUUUUUCAACGUUAAAACGAGAGGAUGAUGGGAAGAAAGCAGUCAUUAUUGUGAAUCCUCGUUCAUCUAAAUUUGAGGUUGUUCGAACAAGUCUGACGUCAUGCUUAUUGAAAACUUUGAAGCACAAUAUUGACCAUCCGAGGGCAAUAAAAGUACUCUGUGCAGAUCCCAUGUGGCUAAUCAUCUUGUUGUUCUGUGCUGUUUCAUCCGUAUAUUUGAAGUUGGUGACGUGGUGACACUUGACGCUGCACGUGAUGUUGGUGCUGCAAAUAAUCGUCGACUUGCAGCAUUAUAUUGCAAUGUAACCUCGGGAUUUGAGGACAUGGUAGGUUUGGUGGAAAGAAUCAUGAAAAUCGUGAGAGCUCCUCAUGUCCCAGUUGGUGAUAGUUUUAUGAGACCUUCAGAG